AUGACGUCCUAUGGCUUGAAGCAAUUUACACGUCCCCGGUCAUAUGAGCUUGAGGAACCCUCAUCAUAUCAAAAUGCGGACGACAUCCAUUUGACCCGCUUAGGAAAGCGUCCAGUCUUGAAGCGAAACUUUGGGGUGCUGUCGAUGCUGGGAUUCAGUUGCACCAUUCUGAUCACAUGGGAGUCUGUAACGACGCUAUUUCUUCAGAACUUUCAAAAUGGUGGUCCUGCCGGUAGUGUCUAUGGUUACAUAUUUGUCUGGUUUGGUAUCGCUGCUACAUUUGUAGUAAUCUCGGAGCUUGUGUCGAUGGCCCCAACGUCAGGAGGACAGUACCACUGGUGCUCAAUGCUCGCACCUCAGUCCGCAAUGAAAAUUUUCAGCUACAUCACAGGCUGGCUUACGGUAAUUGGCUGGCAGGCCACUUAUGCGACCGUCUGCUAUCUGGGUGGGAACUAUAUCGAGACAUUGGUGACGCUCACCAAUCCAUCCUACGAGCCUAAAAUAUGGCGACAGGUGCUGAUCGGUUAUGCGAUUGCACUUUUCGGUUUCAUCAUCAAUAUUGCUGGAGGAAAGGUAUUGCCACGAUUUGAAGGUGCAAUCCUAGUCCUCCAUAUUUUGGGCUUCUUUGCUAUUCUAAUUCCAAUGGUCUACAUGGCCAAUCAUAAUACAGCCGAGCAAGUUUUCACCCAGUUUCUGAACGAAGGUCAAUGGCCCUCUCAGGGUCUUUCGUUCUUUGUUGGCCUGAUUGGACCUGUCUUUGCUUUUGCAGGGGGCGAUGCUGCAGUACAUCUGUCUGAAGAAAUCACUAAUGCCACAGUUGCUGUGCCCUUGGCGUUGAUGCUCACUGUGCUAAUCAAUGGCGUCCUCGGCUUCAGCAUGCUAAUCGCAUUGCUCUUUUGUGUCGAGGAUAUGACGGGAGUUCUGGAAGCUCGAGUCCCCUUCCUAACUAUAUUCCACCAGGCAACGGGAUCUGUAGCGGGCACGGCCACUGCAGGCGCCAUUAUCGUUGCAAUGGGCAGUUGCUCCUCGGCCGGUAUGCUGGCCUCGACAUCACGGCAAUUCUGGUCCUUUGCGCGUGACCGGGGCAUCCCUGGAUGGCGAGUGUGGACGAGGGUCACUGCUCGUUCUGCAAUUCCAGCAUACGCAGUCACCCUGACCACCGCCAUUACCUGUCUGCUGAGCCUUAUUGGUAUUGGCUCUGACCUGGCAUUCAAUGACUUGAUGUCCUUGUCCACCUCGGGCUUGUUCUCAUCAUACCUGAUUACGGCCGGACUUUUGCUCUGGCGACGCUGUACGGGUGGAAUCAGUGGGUCCAAGGGUGAGCAUACCAUGAUCAAUACCGCCGGAGCCCAGCUUGUCUGGGGUCCUUUUCAUGUCCCGGGGGUUUGGGGCAUCCUUAUCAACGUCUUUGCUGUGAUCUUUAUGACCAUUGCAGUCUUCUUCAGUUUCUGGCCACCCAUGAAUCAUGUAUCGGCUGAAUCCAUGAACUACAGUGUAGUGGGGAUUGGGGGAGUUAUUCUUUUGAGUCUGUUCUAUUAUCUCGUCCGAGCGAGGAAGAUCAUGGGUAUGGACCCAGAGAGUCAAUCGGAAUGGACUAAGCAAGACUGUGGACGACACAUACCCUUUUGGCGCCAGGUGGUAGACCAAGGGGCCAUUACUCAGGAUGUUCUGCAUCACAAUUACCCUGGAUCAGGAACGGAAACGGAUCCCUUCCUGGUCUCCUGGCUGCCGAAUGAUCCCAGAAACCCCAUCCUCUUUACUACAUUCAAGAAAGUCAGCAUUACGGUCGUCGUCUCUACAGCAACAUUGGCCGUUGCCCUCGCUUCCUCAGCAUAUUCUGGAUCUACGAAACAAGUGAUGGAAGGCUUGGAUGUCGGCACGGAAGUUGCAACGCUUGGACUAUCGCUUUUUGUGAUCGGCUUUGCACUCGGGCCAUUGGUUUGGGCGCCGCUCAGCGAGUUCAUUGGUCGACAAUAUCCCUUUUUCGUCUCAUUUGGUGCGAUGACGGUCUUUCUGGCGGGAUGUGCCGGUGCACAGAAUAUACAGACUUUGUUGGUUCUGCGUUUUCUGGCAGGCACGGCGGGAUCAUCGCCCCUGACGAACGCGGGGGGUGUGAUUAGCGAUAUGUUUCGAGCUGAGCAACGGGGGCUGGCUCUAUGCCUCUUUGCUGCAGCACCCUUCAUGGGGCCUGCUAUUGGACCGGUGAUCGGUGGUUUUCUGGGGAUGAAUGCUGGGUGGAAAUGGGUGGAAGGCUUCCUGGCUGCGCUUUCGGGGGUUUUGUGGAUUCUGAUGACCUGCUUCGUUCCUGAAACCUACGCACCAGUUCUCCUCCGCCAAAGAGCAAAGCGUCUUUCUCAAAAAACUGGCAUGGUUUAUCGAUCAAAGCUAGAUGUCGAGAAUGCAGGGGCUGUUUCUUUGAAACGGAUGUUUGCCACCUCUUUAUUGCGACCAUGGGUCCUACUAUUCAGAGAGCCUAUCGUAUUUAUGUUAUCUGUAUACAUUGCCAUCAUUUAUGGCGCACUUUUUAUGAUGUUUGCCGCGUUUCCUAUUGUGUACCAACACGGCCGGGGAUGGAACCAAGGCGUGGGAGGACUCGCCUUCAUGGGCAUUGCUGUGGGUAUGAUUGUCGGAACGAUCUACACAAUUCCUGACAACAAGCGAUACAUGAGAACAGUCAAAAGACAUGGAGGGUUCGCGCCUCCAGAGUCACGCCUGCCGCCGGUGAUGCUAUCUGCAAUGUUGAUUCCUGUCGGUCUCUUCUGGUUCGCGUGGACCAACUCUCCCUCCAUUCACUGGAUGGUUAGUAUAGCAGCCGGCGUUCCAUUCGGCUGUGGGAUUGUUCUCCUAUACCUAGGCAUCAUGGGAUAUCUUAUUGAUUCUUAUACCAUUUUCGCCGCAUCGGUCUUGGCGGCUAAUGCUGUUCUGCGAUCUCUGUUUGGAGGAAUAUUUCCGCUCUUCACGACUUAUAUGUAUGAUGGGUUAGGGAUUCAUUGGGCCUCCUCAAUCCCCGCCUUUCUUACAGUCGCAUGUAUGCCUUUUCCAUUUAUUUUCUACCGGUACGGGGAAGCGAUUCGCAGGCGAUGCGCAUAUUCUGCUCAAUCGGAAGCAUACAUGCAAAAGCUACAGGAGGCGGCGCAACAAAGCGAAAAAUAG